AUGAGCUGUGUGCCUUUGCAUACUUUUUAUCUCAUGCACACAAAUAUCAGCUACGUUGAUUGCUUCUUGGAUCCAGGUCGAUAUGGGAAUGGCAGAUACUCAAAACAGAUGUUACCUGAAGUCAAGAAGAUAAAUUUCCGGAAAGGUGCCCAGUGGUUCACAAUGAAGCGGCAGCAUGCUUUAAUUCUUGUGGCGGACAGUCUAUAUUACUCGAAAUUCAGGGACCAUUCUCAGCCAGGUUUGGAUGGUAAAGGCUGCAUUGCUGAUGAACACUACAUUCCAACCUUUCUCAAUGUCAGCAUCCUCAUCUGUGUUACAACUUCAUCAAUUGAUGUGAGCAUACAUGAAACGAGUGACAAUAAGCGAUUGCGGACUUAUUGUCGCAAAGUAUCGGAGUUGCUUCCAUUUGUGCUUCUCCAAUGUCUUCUAGAAUUCUUCGUAGCCAUAUUGCUUGACUGGCGGUCAUUGCAGCUACGAUAUAUUCAGCUUCUGCAGUAG